GAGAGUUUCUCAUCCUUGGUCUAGAAGGGCACAGAGAGCCCGGUGCAGAGACGUUUCAGCCGGGGAUCUUGACAUUUAACCGUAAAACAUGUUGUCGAGGCUGGUGCUCGUCUCAGGCCAUUCCCUGAAAAACAGCGGGUCUUUUGGUGCUUGCCUGGUCCAGGCCCCUCGCUCCUUUCAUCAGUCAUCCCAGAGUCUUGCACCAGUACCCCCUCUACCAGAGAAGGGAGGAAAGGUCCGUCAUGGCAUCUUCCCUGAGGAGAUUUUCACAAUGUUGUACCCCAAGACUGGUGUGACAGGGCCUUAUAUGCUUGGCACUGGCCUGCUCCUCUACCUGCUGUCUAAGGAAAUCUAUGUAAUCAAUCACGAGACCAUUGCUGGUGCAUCCAUUGGUGCAGUCAUCAUUUACGCCGUCAAGAAGUUUGGGCCCAGUGUAGCUGCCUUCGCUGACAAACUUAAUGCGGAUAAAAUAGCAAAGGCUCAGGAGGUGAAGGAUCAGUCUAUGGCUAGUUAUGCUCAGGGCAUUGAAAACGAGAAGAAGGAGCAGUGGAGAGUAGAAGGAAGAAGCAUGCUCUUCGAUGCCAAGAGGAAUAACGUGGCUAUGCUGCUGGAGAUCAACUACAGAGAGCGUCUGCACAUGGUGACCAAUGAGGUGAAGAAGAGGCUGGACUAUCAGGUGGAGCUUCAGAACCUGCACCGCCGCAUGGAGCAGGAGCACAUGGUGAACUGGGUGGAGCAGAGUGUGGUCAAGAGCAUCACACCACAGCAGGAGAAGGAGAGCAUCGCCAAGUGCAUUUCAGAUCUGAAGGUCCUGGCCAAGAGCACUCAGGCUAGAGCUACAGUGUAAAUCUGUGUCAGUUUUCAUCCUAAAUGAACCUUUUCCUCGUCAACACGCCAGACUGGCAGUGUCGUCAAAAAUGUACAUACCCGUAAUAAAUAAAAGAUUUGGUUAUUCACUAAA